CCAAACGUAAUAAUAGCAAGUGUUGGGGACAAGGACGCAGUGACCGUCCGUCCGCAAUCCUCAAUUGGCCGAAACUCUGCUCAGCAUCGAAGGCCCAAGCUCUCUUCUCUCUGAGUUGGUGACGCCCACUGCAAGCCCCUCGUUGAUCAGUCCAGAACCUCCCGGGUUCCCUCUUAUUUAAUAUCUGUCUCUUCGCGCCUUGUCUUUCUUCAUCAUCUUUUUACAUUCUUCCGAAAGUCGCCUCUGUCAUGGUUGAGCUGGCAACGAUGCUAGGCAGCCGGGAUAUCCAUCCCAUUCUUUGAAGCUUCAUCUAACCAUUGCUAGUAUACACAUGCACAACAGCUCCGAAUCAGCGUGUUAUUCUUGAUACGUGGAUAGUAGCUCAUGCUUCAAUCCUAUCCUGCCACUGCUUAUUUCCCUGUGAUCGUCUAGUAGCAAUCUUUUCGCCGGGUGAUCCGAGAGCAAGUUGUCCAUUGUCGCAAUGCGGUCUUCGCCUAAGAAGGGGCCCAAGGUCAACGGGCUCCCCGGUAAGGGGUCCACUAAAAUGCCUCAAAUUCUCAAAGCACCUCAGACGACUCCGAAGAGAAGUAAAUAUCGACACUUCGCUGCUUACCACUCUCAAUUGCGGCAUUCGUGCCUCAGUCGAGAUUGCUCGACUGUUCCGUCAUUCCUUGGGUUUCGCAACCUCAUGGUCAUCGUCCUGGUGGCCAUGAAUUUGCGGCUAAUAAUCGAGAAUUUUAUGAAAUAUGGAGUUCUCAUCUGUAUCAGAUGUCAUGAUUAUCGGAAGCAAGAUGUCGUUCUCGGAUUGAUUUUGUUUGCCCUGGUUCCUUGCCACCUGUUUGUGGCAUACAUAAUAGAGUUGAUUGCAGCAGCGCAGGCGAAGAAAACCAUUGGACUCGAGAAGAAGGAUGUAGCUAAUGGGAAGAUCGAAGAGAGCAAUAAAAGGGGACAGACAGCGUCACAGUUGACCUGGGUUUUCACCUCUGUCUGCCACACUAUCAAUGCGACCCUUUGUCUGGCCGUCACGAGUUAUGUCGUGUAUUACUACAUCCAUCAUCCGGGCAUUGGCACUAUGUGUGAACUCCAUGCUCUUAUUGUGUGGUUGAAGAAUUGCUCAUAUGCUUUCACGAACCGUGAUCUCCGCCAUGCGAUGCUGAACCCGUCCGCCGACUCAGCGCUCCCAGAGAUCUAUGCGUCGUGCCCCUACCCCCGGAAUAUCACUUUGGGCAAUCUGGUGUAUUUCUGGAUGGCACCAACAUUAGUCUACCAGCCUGUCUACCCUCGUACUGCGCGGGUACGCUGGUCCUUUGUGGCAAAACGUCUGUUCGAGGUGGUCUGUCUGACAGUAGUCAUAUGGAUCCUUUCGGCACAGUACGCGACGCCCGUCUUAAGGAACUCGAUCGACAAAAUCGCGGUGCUGGACGUUGCGUCGAUCCUUGAGCGGAUCAUGAAGCUCUCGACGAUUUCUCUAGUGAUCUGGCUGGCAGGGUUCUUUGCUUUCUUCCAGUCGUUCCUGAACGGCUUGGCGGAAGUGAUGCGGUUCGGCGAUCGCGAGUUCUACACGGACUGGUGGAACAGUCCGAGCGUCGGGGUGUACUGGCGCUCAUGGAACAGGCCGGUGUACCUCUUCAUGAAGAGACAUAUAUUCUCUCCUCUUAUAGGAAGGGGAUGCGGCCAUCUGACGGCCAGCGUAGUGGUAUAUACGUUCUCGGCCAUUUUACAUGAGAUGCUGGUCGGGAUACCGACGCACAACAUCAUCGGUACGUCGAAAUAUUCACACCCCCUUUUCCUUGCGCCUACUGACACAUUCUUGCAGGUGUUGCUUUUGCGGGUAUGAUGUUCCAGAUACCGCUCAUCGCGGUAACCCUCCCACUGGAGAAGAUGAAGUCGGGCAAAGUCAUUGGGAACUCUAUCUUCUGGGUGAGUUUCUGUCUUGUGGGACAGCCGCUGGGCGCGUUGUUGUACUUCUUUGCAUGGCAAGCAAAAUAUGGCAGUGUCAGCAAGAUCAACGCAUAAUGGAUGGUUACUUGCAAGUGCCCGAGGAAGCAGAUGAUUAGUAAUCAACGCAGACAGGAAGAUUUGCCGUUCGAUUGCAAUAUACUUACAAUAUAUUCUGCUGUACCUGAGACCAAGUUCGACCAGAUAGAUUAUAUAUGCACUGUGAUGGUCUGGGGUUAGGCUUAUUUUGCUUACUAAAUAGGAUCAAUAAUCACAUGGACCCGCAUAAUUCCAUAGUGAUGACCACAAUCCCAAGCAACUGUUAUUCUCAUAUGCAAUGGAAACAAGAACCGGAGAAUCCAAUUCCUCCGCAUCCCGA